UAAAGUACUUUUAAACUCAAUUGUGUUUGCAACAACAGUAUCAUCAGACAUCUGCGCAGGUGUACUAGGUGCAAGCCUUAAAAUGUCCCCUGAUCUUAUCCAUAUAAGGAAGCCAUUCUGGUCUUCAUGUCCCUUACAAGAACAAUGUACCAUUAUAAGGAUGUAACUUGAUAGAAAUAUCACAAUGGAAACCUCAUUCUGCAAAGGACAAAGAUCAUCUCUUGGGCCAUUGUUUCUGUUGAGGAGGCAGUCAUCCAAUACAUUCCACAUAACGCAUAUCAUUUUUAAAAAUCUCAUGACUCCGUAACUGUCAAUAAUAUAAGUAAACAGUUAAAUAUGAGAUUAUAUUGAGGAGUUGGGUGUCAUGUGUGGGUUUUUCUGAUUCCAUGUUUACAUGAAUCAUUCUUUGACAUAUAAGAUGUUUGCGGUGAAAAUGCCAUCUCUCAUUCAUCCAGGUGUUCACAUCAAAGAAAGUCAUGGAUGUGUUUGCUCUUUCCGUUUUAUCUUUUCUGUUUAUUUUAUGGAAAGUAGGAAUUUGUUUUUCAAACCCUGUACAAGAUACAACAUGCCCAAGCGAUAUCCCAAACGGAGUUCUUGAAAUAAACUGUACAGGAUAUGUAGGUUCUUAUUGUGAAGUCAUCUGUGAUAGUGGGUUUCGACUGCACGACGAUGUUCUGGGAAUAUAUUGCAAUAAACACCGGAGGUGGUCUGUUAUUGAAACUAAAAUAUGUCAGAGAAUUAAAGAAACAGUCCUGGAGAAAUCGUCACUGAAUACAGAGGCUGUUUUGGGGGGAGCUGCCACGGGAUUCCUUAGCGUCUUCAUUGUGUACAUAGUGGUCAUGAUGGUCAAGCAAAAAAUAAAGAAGUUGAACGAUGGUGAAGACUUCUCCUUACAAAGACGACCGGGUGAAGAAAGUUCACGGCGGAACGACUACUUAGAAACUGUGACCUUUAUAACACCCACAUCUGAUCAGGCCUCUAGUGUAAACGAAGGGGGACUUGAUAGUACAGAGGCCAAAACAAAGGAGGAUGUGAAGAAACCAGGAAGACAUGUUCAGGCUAGCCAAGAAAAGAGGAAGAAGCACCAUCUUUAUCAUAAUGUGUUUAAGAAAGGGGCAUAUGAAAACGUUUAAGAAAAUUAAUUCUGUGUUAUUUGAUUUAAUAAACCUUUGGUGUUUGUACA